AUGGUUCUUCCGUGGCUCCUGGCCAUCCUGCAGCACCGCCCGCAGCUGGUGGAGCGUCUGUCCGAGUGUAAGCCCAUCCCACGUGUGGCGCAGCUCACGGAGUUUGCACUGAUGCAGGCCCAGCUGCGAGGCCAGGACGCAGCCCGGCGUGUUCAAGCCCUCGUGGCUGGGCCCGCGUGCUUCCUAGGUCGCCACGCUGCCCACUUUAGAAACACCUUCACUGAGGAGCUGCGCUGCAGCCUCUGGGAAUGCCCAGGGUCACUGCCAGGUAACCAGAGGGGCCCCAGCGCUAACCCCUAA